AUGUCAGAUAUUGGUACUGGGUGUCCUGAAAUAGAAAUUUUAAUUGGCAGUGAUGUUUAUGGCCAACUCCUAACAGGACGAAUCAAGCAGCUGAACAACGGUCUAACGGCAAUUCAGACAAAACUUGGAUGGACAAUUUGCGGUGAGUUAGAGAAUCCAUCCCAAGGUUACGUGAAUAGUGGUACAGCUAAAACGUUGAUGACUAAUUUAUCUCUGAGAGAACUUAGCAUUCCAGAUUUAUGGCGGCUAGAAACAAUAGGAAUUAAUGAUCCCGCUGAAACGUUGUCUAAGAAGGAAGAAGAAGAGCUAGCCCAUGAUUUGUUCCUCAAAGAACUUACGAGAAGUGAAGACGGGCGUUACCGUGUUGGUCUUCCAUGGACUUGUAUUAACCCAAACAUUCCUUCAAAUAGAAAUGAAGCAGAAAGAAGGUUGUUUAGCACUACAAGACUGAAGACGUUAAGUAAAUUUGAAGAUUAUGACCUAGUCUUUAAAGAAUGGCAAAAAGAGAAUGUCAUACAGGAAGUCUCAAAAAAGGAAUUAGAAGUAGGAGGCCAUUACUUGUAUCACCAUCCAGUUAUGAAGCCAGAGAGUGCUACUACGUUUAUCAGACUAGUUUUUGACGCCUCAUGCAAAGUUGGAAGAGCACUAUCCCUAAAUGACUGUCUCUUCAAAGGACCAAACUUGAUAGAAGAAAUUCCCACUAAUAUAGUGGGAAUUGAGAUUCCGAGAAAAGGAUAUUGUUGUUGUAUCCGACAUCAGAAGAGCCUUCCUCCAAACUGA